AUGAGUCAGUUAAUAACCUCAUCGGCAAGGAUGCCGAUGCAAUCAGGAAAAGACAAUGUGUCAUUACCAGGACCAUCAACCAGUGCUUCAUCGGUAGAUGCAAAACUCUCAGUUCCAUCAUUACGAGGGCGUGCUGGACAAAGUAAGCCGGUAGUGUCGUUAAACAAUUCGAAUACGGAAUCUGUGGGGCUAAGUUUAAAUGAUAAUGAUAGUUUGAAGACACCAACCGCUUUGGGCAAUACAGAUGUAACACUGAAAACUCCAACUGUGCUUGGUUCACCCACUAAAGGACCGUUUUCUGCCGGCACACAUGUUGACGAACUCAUCACUCCCAAACUCAGCUUAAAUAACUUCUCUACACCAAAUAUUCACACACAAGCUUUCUUCGGUGAACACGAACCACUCCUCACCGCAAACAUUGAGAUUUCAACAGUCUUGCCGCAGUCGUCGAUAGCCAAUGUGACACCAGGCGGUACAACAAUUGGACCGAAUGGAGCUCAAAAUGAUGUUAGAGAUCAAAAGGCUACGAUCACCUUCAAAGGAAGCAUCAGUACAAGUAUUAGUACAUUCGGUUCACAAAGUGUUAAUUCACCCGGUUUAAGUGCAACAAUGUUCCAAUUUUCCCCCCUGGUUGAGCAUUUUUUGCAAUCCAUCACUAAAUCCCAGCAGACAAAUACAAAUUUACCUUUAUUGGUGCUCGACCCGAAUGCAAAAGCAUCUAAUGCUGCCGAUACAUCCGACCUCUUUAAGGUAUUUCAAGAUAACAAAGAUAUAUCAAAUUUGCCAGUUGCUGGAAUUCAGCAGUUAUCUACCUCUCAGCCUUCCGUUUCAUCGGUCUCUGACAAUCACCAAGUUCUUUCAGAUUAUAUACAAAUCGGUCGUGCUGGUGGGAAUCGACGCACAACACCUCCACCUGGACCAUCUGGUGUACGACAGAACGGAUUCAGUUCAUCUACUGCACCUAAUUCUGUUUGUUCCGUAACACACUGCACUCAACAGCAGAAUGUCAAAAUUAGACCAGUUGUGUCAGCUGGUGCCGCGGAAUUGACUUCUGCAUCAGUUCAAAUGCAUCAACAUAAAUAUCAUAUCCACCAGAACAUUACCUGUACAGUGAGUCCAGUAGAAACCCAAAAUAGCAACCAGUCGAAUUCUACAAGUACGCAACGAACUUAUCAAGCGUGCAAUUUCUUGAAUUGCAAUGGUGUACCAUGUCCUUCCCGGACACUCCAAAGCCAGGUUCCAAUCAGCGAGCCAUCAGAUAUUUAUCGGUCGGACUUUCAACCAAAAUCAGAGCCAGCAGACGAGUAUUACCAGGCGCCUUUAUCUUUUGCUCAAUCAGGAUCGCAGAUUUCACAGACUAGCCCGGUGAAAAUCAGCAAAUGUUCUAACCGUCUUCUUAAACCGUCGUCACAUGAACGACCAUACAAAUGUCCAAUAGAGAACUGUGAUCGACGUUUCUCGAGGUCAGAUGAACUGACAAGGCAUAUCAGGAUCCAUACAGGACAAAAGCCUUUUCAGUGUCGCAUAUGUAUGCGAGCAUUUUCACGAAGUGAUCAUUUAACAACGCAUGUACGAACUCAUACAGGUGAAAAACCGUUUAGCUGUGAUAUUUGUGGACGAAAGUUUGCUCGUUCAGAUGAGCGCAAGCGACAUACAAAAGUACAUACGAAGCAGAAGGAACAUCGACGUCUCAAUAUUACCGAUUUCAAUAGCAAUGGAGACUUCAAAUUACAUAUGUGA